AUGACAUGUGCUGCACUAGCUGCUGACCGCGAUCGAUGGAAGGCACGUGCUCAAUGUGAAGCAAUCGAGGUGGCCAAGAACUACCAUCAAGAGUUGCUCGCAGCCCAAAGCAGCUUGCUGGGGAGCGAGCAAGAGGCUGGCGAGGCCCGCAGAGUGCUCGAGGAGCAGCUUGCCCAGGCGGAGACUCAGGUGGUGCCCUUGAAGACCAGCUUGCAGGAGGCCUCCGUGGAGAACUCCAGACUGAUGCGGGAAGGUGCUAGCCUCCAAGAGCAGCUGGUUGAAGCCUUGCGGGAGGCAUCGCGCAGCGGAGAUCGGCUUUUGGAGUCAUGGGAGAGGCGCAGCGCCGCACAUCGAGAAGCCGCUUGCCUGGGCCAAGAGCUGCAGCAGAGUCGCGAGGAGAGCUGGCAGAAGUCACCGGGGCCCUGGCCAUGGAGCAGGCGCAGGCCUCCGAGCUGCGCUGCCGCAUGCGAGAGUCGGGGCUGA